AUGCCUCAUAGCUACUGCCAAUCACUCAGGAGCUCCUAUAACCCACCACUGCUCUCUGCCAUCGUGCAUGGCUCCAAUCUGACAAGCUGUGGAGAUGGAAUCUGUUUGCCCAGCACUUGCCACAGAAGAACUUGGCUCCUGGACAACUUUCAAGAAGCCCGCAAUGAAACCACCAGCUGCCAACUGACUGGUCGUGAGCAGGACCACCUCUCAGAGGAUACACGUGUGGAAAGUUCCUGUCUCUCCCGGGUUGUCCAAACAACUCGUUCCAAUUCCGAACCUUCUGAAAAGACGUCAUGCCAAUCAAGAAGUUCCCGGGCAGUGUCAGAGAAUGUUUCGCAGUCUUGUCACUCAGGAAGCAGUCAGCAAGUGAGUUUUGGAGCCCAGCGUUCCCACAUCGCACAGUGCUGUCCUCUGAAGACUUCUGUGUCUCAGAGUGACCAGAAUCUGGAAUAUGAAUCAAGCCAACACCAAUGCCAGAUCUCUGAAUCCAGUUCCUGUAACCUAUUGGUCAACGUUUCCUCUGGGCCACAACUCCCAGAAUCUUCUAGCACUUACGAGCCGGCUUGCUGUGUUAUUGGUGGUUUGCAGUUGCCUAGUAAGUGA